UCAUACGGAAGUUUAAUUCAGUUUGUGCAUGUUUACCAAAUCUUACAAUAUUUCUACCUACAUCAGAUCAUUGUGUAGAAAGUACUAGAGAUCGUCGGAAAGUGUCUACAUGGCGACGGAGUUGGCGGCGAAAAGCGUAAUAGGGGUGACAGAGAUGGUGAGGAGCUCAAUGGCAACGGAGGCGCCAUAUGCCCCUGCGACUGCCGAGCGUAGGGUCCGCUCCGACUUGGAGGUUUCCCUUCCUAAGCCUUAUCUACCAAGAGCAUUGUCUGCACCUGAUACAGACCAUCCUAACGGAACACCAGCACAUCAUCAUCAGGGACUCAGUGUUCUUCAACAACAUGCUGCUUUUUUUGACCAAAAUGAUGAUGGAAUCAUAUACCCUUGGGAAACUUUCACUGGAUUACGCAUGGUUGGAUUUAACAUUAUUGCUUCCAUAAUCAUGGCUGUAGUCAUUAAUGUAGCGCUAAGUUGGUACACUCUUGAUGGGUGGUUUCCGUCUCCUCUCUUCCCAAUAUACAUACACAAUAUGCACAGGGCUAAGCACGGGAGUGACUCCGGAACUUAUGACACUGAAGGAAGGUUUGUUCCUUUCAAUCUAGAGAACGCCUUCAGCAAGUAUGCUCAUACAAUCCCCGAUAAGCUAUCAUUUAGAGAACUCUGGAGCAUGACGGAGGGGAACAGGGUAGCGUUUGACCCAUUUGGCUGGAUUGCGAGUAAGUUUGAGUGGGGAAUGCUUUACAUUCUUGCUAGGGAUGAAGAAGGUUUCUUAUCUAAAGAGGCUGUGAGACGGUGUUUUGAUGGCAGCUUGUUCGAGUACUGUGCGAAGAUGAAUAUGGGUUUGGAAGGGAAGAUGUAUUAAGCGUUUCAUAGAUCAUCUACUGUAAGGGUCCGGAAGUAUCAUCAGGAGUUCUUUUGCUUUUGUAGUUAAAACAACGCUGUAGCGAGAAACAGUGUUGCAUAUCUGAGGACAGUGAUGUAAUGCAUGUGGAUAAUGAAACUGCUUAGAGCAUGCAUCCAUAGUUCCAUGUAUAUUCGUUGCAAGUUGGUUAUCCUAGCUCUGAAUCUUGGUCUCUAGACUCUACU